AAGCAUCCUGGGUACAGAGUCCAUUAUCAACAUGGCGGCCGCUGUGCAACGGAUUCUGUCCUUAAGUAGAAAUGCUAAAGUGCUUGUAUCACCUUUGAAGACAUCGGUGGUUUCUGUACAGCGUUACAGUCUAGAAGUGUCGACCACUGGAGAGCAAAUUACACACACCGGACAGGUGUAUGAUGAAAAUGAUCCCAGGCGGGCCAGGUUCGUGGGCAGACAGAAAGAGGUGAACAAGAAUUUUGCCAUCAAGCUGGUGGCUGAGGAGCCGAUCAGUGGCAUCGAAGCCAGAGUGGUGUCAUGUGACGGGGGUGGGGGAGCACUAGGCCACCCCAAAGUCUACAUCAACCUGGAUAAAGAAACUAAAGUGGGCACAUGCGGCUACUGUGGAUUGCAGUUCAAGCAGACCCAUCAUCAUUGAGACUUGUUCUCAGUCCCUCUCACUCUGUGUAGUGUUAUUCUGGUUAAUAAAUUAUAUCUACUGUU